CGGCCUGAGAAGAAGCAGCCGCAUGUCUAUAAAUUACAGUACAGAUUUUGGGGUUCUUCAGAAUUAGAGCAGUCGAAGGGGAGAAAUUUCUUCGCGGAAAGAGAAAAAAUUUAUGGAAGAAUCAGAUGAGGUUCCUCAACUUAUACAUGGAGUUCUUGAAGUAAACAUCUUUGAAGCAGUUCGUCUCCAUCACUUACUCCAUGGCACGAUCAUAAAGGUUGAAGAAAGCAUUGAGAAGGCGUUGCACUUGCAUGCACUCCAUCAUCGAAAACUUUAUGCAACUGUCGAUAUCGGCAUUGCUAGGUUAGCAAGAACCAGGGAAGUGGAGUUCCACUCGACUAACCCUAAGUGGAACGAAACUUUUAAGCUCUACUGUGCCCACUCGUCGUCUUCUAUCCACAUCUCAAUUAAGGAUCAGCUAUUGGUUGCCGGCAAGGUUGUCGGCCGCGCUAGGAUCCCUAUCCGCGGAGUACUCGAAUCGAAGCUUGUUGAAGGCUGGUUUGAUCUUUACGAUGACGAUGGCCAUCGAGUAAAGGAAGCACAAAUUCGCGUUUCUCUCAAAUUCUUUGAAGCCGCUUCUGGUCCAUUGUGGAAUUCGGGUAUCAGACUCCCUGAAUACGCCGGAAUCCCUAAUUCUUAUUUUCCAGAAAGAACUGGGUGUGACGUCACACUGUAUCAGAACUCACACCUUUCAAGCAGUUUCCAGCCGAGGAUUCACCUAGAUGGGCACAAGUUUUAUCGUCCAAGAAGAUUGUGGGAAGAUCUUUAUAUUUCGAUAUCAGAGGCGAAACAUUUCGUUUAUGUUGCGGGUUGGUCUGUUAAUGUGAACAUCACACUCAUCCGUGAUCCUGAAAGAAUGAUUCAUGGAGCAGCUGGUGUUUCUAUCGGAGAAUUGUUGAAGAGAAAGGCAGAUGAUGGUGUGCUGGUUUUGGUGAUGGUGUGGCAAGAUCGGACGUCUGUUUCGUUGUUGGGAAAUGCUGGGUUGAUGAAAACUCACGAUGAAGAAACUCUCAAUUUCUUCGAGGGAAGUAAGGUUAAGUGUUUUCUCUGUCCACGAAAUGCAGAUCCUUCACUCACAGCAGUGCAGCAUAUUGAAGUCGAUGCUGAGUUCACUCAUCACCAAAAGACGGUAUCGCUCGACAUUGCUGAGCCCGGAAGCAGCCAUUGCCGUCGUGUUGCGAGCUUUAUUGGAGGGAUCGAUCUUUCUGAUGGGAGAUACGAUGAUGAGAAACACACGUUGUUUGGUAAAUUGGAUACCGCAUAUGUAAAUGAUUUCCUGCAACACAAUUUCCCAGACGCAAGCCUUCGUCUUGGUGGUCCGAGGGAGCCAUGGCAUGAUCUUCAUUCUAAGCUUGAGGGACCUGCAGCAUGGGAUGUGCUCACAAACUUUGAGCAGAGGUGGAAGCUGCAAUCUCCUAAGGAGUUAUCAAAUUGCUUGUUGAAUAUUCAGGAUAAGCCUGAUGUCUUUCCUCUACCUUCUAACUUAACAACUGCCGAGUCAUGGAAUGUGCAGGUUUUUCGAUCCAUUGAUGAUUCUUCUGUCUUAGGUUUUCCUUCGAAUCUUGUUGAGGCGUCAAGAAUGGGGCUGACAAAUGGAAAAAACAUUACAAUUGAUCAAAGCAUACAUUCUGGGUACAUUGAGGCUAUCAGAAGAGCUAAGAGAUUCAUCUACAUUGAGAAUCAGUACUUCAUGGGUAGCUCAGCUUCAUGGAAGCAGGAUCAAGAUAAUGGGUGUUUGAAUUUAGUCCCAAUUGAGAUUGCUCUGAAGAUUGCAAGCAAGAUAAAAAUGGGAGAGAGGUUUGCAGCUUAUAUUGUUACACCAAUGUGGCCAGAGGGAAUCCCCGAAGGGAGCGUGGUACAGGCUAUACUGCACUGGUAUAGAUUGACCAUGGAUUUGAUGUAUGGAAUUGUAGCAGCAGCUAUCAAGGAGGCAGGGUUGGCUGGGAAGACUCACCCAACUGACUAUUUGAACUUCUUCUGUUUGGGGAAUAGGGAGACGAAGCAGCCAGGGGAAUAUGAGCCUCCUGAGAGACCAGAGACUGAGACAGAUUACUGGAAAGCUCAGGUUAACCGGCGGUUUCUCAUUUAUGUGCAUGCCAAGCUCAUGAUUGUGGAUGAUGAGUAUGUGAUCAUUGGCUCGGCAAACAUAAACCAGCGAUCUUUGGCUGGUGAUCGAGACAGCGAGAUUGCUCAUGGUUCAUACCAGCCUGCUCACCUUAAUUCGGAGAAAAGGCUAGCUCGAGGGCUCGUCCAUGGCUUCCGGAUGUCACUAUGGUAUGAGCAUUUCAUAAGCCAUAAUAGUGGCUUGCAUCAUGUUUUUCUUGAACCUGAGAGCUUAGAAUGCGUGAGAACCGUGAGGAGCAUUACUGAGAAUUUGUGGGAGAAAUAUGUUGGAGAUGAGGUUGUGAACUUGCCGGGUCAUCUGUUACCUUUUCCUGUGAGGGUUUCUGCAGAUGGAGUGCUGUCGGAGCUCACACCUGAUGGCUGCUUUCCUGACACUAAGGCAUCGAUCAAAGGUGAUGGUUCUGUGAUAUCUUUGGCCAUCCCUCCUAUUCUGACUACUUAAGCUUGAGAUUGUUUCUCAUCAAAUAAGGUACCCCUUUGCUUUUUUGCUUUUAUUUAAGAAUGGAAGAUGCUAUGUGAUUCUGAGGAUGUAUAGAGUUUGUGUUAAUGUUUCUAUCAGAAAUCACUGUUUAAUUGCUUGAAAGAAGUAUUAGAAAUUUGUGUUUUUCUAGCAAAUAAAGCAUCUUGAUGCAGUUGCUGAAAUAAAAGUUGAAAUUAAGGAAU